AUGCAUGUCCAGAUUUCCCAGCGCACCCCCAUCAGCUCAGGUUCCCAUAUUGAUCACGCAGCUUCCGCACAUCCCUGCAUUCCCCUUAUAUCCAAUGCUGGUGGCAUGCCAUAUCCCAUAACCCUGCACAUGCCCCAAAUAUCCACCAUUCACUCCUUAACGCCCCACCCCAAUAUCCUCCCAGUUCCCUGUAUGCCAUCCCCAGGGGCUCAAAUGCCACCUCCAUAUUUUUACAUGUUCCUAGUCUCUGCAUUUCCAGCAUCCUCCUAUUGCAGCCCCACAGCUCCCACAUAUAUGGGAUAUGGGACAUUACCCUCCAAAAGCCCAAACACCAGGGCCCCCAGUCACCCACCCCACCUGCAGCGGCUCUCCCACCCCUCCCUGGAUGCCCUAACAUCCCUAACACACCGGGACAACCCAGGCGAGGUGACAGUGGUGGCCAUCCAGUUAAUGACACACACAAGGGCUCGUUCUGAUUUGGGGACUCUUGUUCCACCUUUUUUCUUCUCCUUCGCCUCUCCAACCUGCUUUUCCCACUGUCGUGCCCUCCUGGAUGCUCCUGGCAUCCCUCUCCUUCCCCAUCCCUCUCUCACUCUGUCUCAGCCUCUGCCCAUGCUUUCAUUUUUCACUCACGCUGUUUUUCUCUUCAUUUCUUUUCUCACCCUUUCUCACUCCUUUUUUUUUCUCACAAUUUCCGUUUUUAUUUCUGGUCUUUCUUCAUUUUCUCUUUCACAAUCACCCUUCCCAACAACGUCCAUGUCUCCUCCCUCCCCUUUACCACGUGAAAUGACCCCUUUCUACUUCUUUCAUCCUCCCAGGAACCGAUUCUUGCUUUGUUUUCCCACAGCUGAGCACUCGUUUGGCUGCACACCAGUCUUUUGGGAUGUGUCUUCAGCAGGGAGCAGUCUUUAG